CACUCUUCAGCCUGCCUCGAUGUAGCAAAUCAUCAUGAAACUGAAAGCUCACGGACGUUCCUCUUUUGACGUAGCACGACUUCAUCUGCCGCCAUGAGUAAUCCACUCGCAGAGUACUUAUCUGCCCUGGAAUCACGCGAUGCGCGAGAGAAGACACACGAGGAGUACAUCAACGCUUACACGAAGCUCGCCGACCGAACAUCAGUUCUAGCAAACCAGACACCAUCUGCCGCGGAAGAGCCUUCACGGUCACCCAGCGUCUCCACCAGAACCAUCCGCCCUAGCACGCCUAGCACACCUAGAAGCAAAGGUGGCAUCGCGCCAUCUGAUGUCUCAAGCCCCUCCACCCUCGCCCAGAUCCGCUCUGAGCUCGCCUCCACUCAGCGCACCCGCAGCGAGUUAGAAACUAAGCUCAGCACCCUUAACACCGAGCUAUCUACUCUCAAAAGUUCCGACUUGCAACAGAGGCAGCGCAUAGACCAGCUCGAAAGGGUCCGGACAGCCCUAGAGCGGCGUGGCAAGGACAGAGCCGAUGAGUUGAAGGGCAAAGGGAGGUUCGUAGAGGAAGUGCAGGAUGAGAUGGUGGCGCUGAACUUGCAGCUGAAUAUGGCGGAGCAGGAGAAGGAGAAGCUAAAAAAGGAGAACGAGGAUCUGACCAGACGGUGGGUGCAGAAGAUGGAGGAGGAGGCGCGGAAGAUGAAUGACAGGAUGGGCUGGGAGGAGCAGGGUGGGCGAAAGAAGGGAAGUAGGAGCUAGAUAGCUCAGCAUUAUACGUAUUAGGCCUAUGGGAGUUGGAAAUUCGUUUUAGAAUGCUCAAACCAAACGGACAUUGACUCGUGCUGAAAACGCAAUGCCCGCGAUCACAUUCAUAAUGCUUGUCACUUCUGCUGCUCUGGAAUAUAAAACCACUCCUCAGACGGGUAUUUUAAUGAUAUUACUAGG